AUUUUUAAUACAUUUCUUAAUUAUGAAGGCACUUUCGCCGUUGAUGCAAAUGCCUCGAUACUUGGGUAGUUUGCGGAAUCAGACAAUAGCUCAAAAGUGUAUGCUGCACUAUGUGCAAGGUCAAGAACCAGAGCCUAAAAUCAGAGAAUACUUUUACUACAUAGAUCAUCAAGGGAUGUUGUUUUUGGAUGAUUCUAAAAUGAAAAACUUUACAUCAUGCUUUAAAGAGAAAAAAUUUUUAGACUUCUUUUUUAAAAGGAUUCGACUGAACAAAACUGGAAGAUACACUGAAGAAUUUCCUUUUAUAUCCUUAUGUGGUAGAGAAAGAAAUUAUAUAAGAUGUGAUGAUGUUCCAAUUGUCUACACACAUAUUAUAACUAAAGAUAAGAAAGACUUUGUAACAUUUGGGUAUGCAGGUGAACUACUACUCACACCAUUCAUACCUCAAAAAAUCUACAUGUUACCCCUGACUGGCAGAGUAUAUCAUCCUGCUGAUGACAAGUAUGGAGGAAUUGGCCUGGUACGAUCCAAACUUUCUAUAGAACUAAGUAAACAUUUUGAGUUUCACAGUGGUGAUGGACACCCACCAACUCACUUUACAUGGAAAAAUGAGAAAUAUGAACUAGAUCAAAAUUGGUUCCAAGAAAAAGUAGAUGAACAUGGAAUAAAAAUAAAGACUGAUCCCGAUUAGCUAAAUAAAUAUAUUGUUAUUGAUAUUAGAAUUACUUGUACAAAAUGUUAACUAGUUCUCUUAAACUUAAGAAUCAUAACAAAUAUUAUUAAAUACUGUAAAAUAGUCACAGCUCCUGUGCUAAUAAACUUUAUCAAACACACAAUGGUCUUUAGUGAUGUUUUAUUAGUCUUGCUUGCUGCUGUGUCCCUGUGAUAUCUGGAUAAACUUUGAUAAUACUUGUAA